AUGUCGAAAAUCUCCGACGAGAGGAGUAAGAGGGGAAUCAGUCGCUCGGAGGACUCGAUGCGCGAUAAACUUCGAAUGAAAAUAAGGCAGAGAAUUCAUAACUUACCGAGUGAGGGAGGAGAUGAAAAUAUGAAUACUCUGAACCAAACAGAGUCGGUCAGAACACGGCGCAAUCAUGGUGGAAAAGUUUCGUCCCGAGACGAAGUACAGGUAAGCAUGUUUCCUUCCUUUCUCUUCACUCUCGUGUAAUGUAUCUAAAGUCCUGCAUACGAAUUUUGCGCCGGAAAAGGAUGUGGCUCAAUUAAUCUUAAUUUUUUAUUAAGAAAGUUUUCAUCCUUCUUCAGACCUAGAAUCUUCAUUUUCACUAAGAUAACAAUACGGUGUUAUUUAUGCUGCGCCAAAUAAGCCAGAAUUGCGAAUAACAUAGCGAUCAGUCAUUUCUUCACUUUACAAGUUUUUUUGUCCUUAUUUGCCACCUGUUAUGUAUUACCUGCUGUUUCAGUUACUCAGUUCAAUUGCUCGCAAAACCUUUUGGAUGGUAGGGGUAAAAAUCUUCAUUUUAAAGAAAUUUACUUUCAUGUCGCUCUUACUUUGAAUUGCGAUUAAAAGCUGACAAGUCCCACUCGAGUUUAAAACAGACAGGCACAUUUUUAGGCUGGCACGUUUUCCCGCCAAAACAACAAAUCAUUUGCUCUGCCAUUGAUAACGCACGCUGUGCCAUCUUUCACAACUUUCAUUACCUUUUAAAGCAAUUAUAUUUAAUGAUCCUCUAUCAAAUGAAAGAUUAUUUGGUCAAAAUAAGUACUGUAGAGUUAUGUAGUUAACUUGUAUCAUAUAUCUCUGUGUGCUUUGCUAGGCUGCCUAACAAGCGCAAUUUUUUUUUCGCCUAUUUGGCCCAGCGUGACGUGAGAGAACGCGCGAGAUGAGAGUAGUUAGUCGCUUUUAACACGCACCUUACGCCCACCCUUUCUCGCCUGAAAAUGCAGAAUAAUUACGCCUUUUCUCUGGGCUGGAGUAAAUUUGGAGUAAUAAAUAUUGCGGUUUUAUGUUUGACAGAUUGAAAAAGAUUUGCAUGCCAAUGAUUCGAAAUCUAAACCCGUUAAAAAGGAGUAUGAUGGCUAUAGAAAAACCAGGGAACAUUCACAACAUUUGGGAGAGGCCAGGGGCCGAGAAGUUCUCGAAAGGAAUCGCAGGAACACACUUACCGACCGGAGGAAAGAAACAGAUGGUACAAAGCCAAGGGAGGAAUACUCCAGGGGCAGGCCUCUGGUGGAAUACCCCAGGGGCAGGCCCUCAGAGGAAUACCCCGUGGGUAAGCUGAAUCACAGAGACAGAGAUGAAGUAUUCCCUAAACAUAAGUCGAAGCGUGAAUAUGAAGGGCCUAUAAAGAAAGACCUCAAGGACGAGCCUCAUCCCAUGGAUAAGUCAUACCUUGGAGAAAAGGCAAACCGCAGGGAUAUGUCAAACCCCGUGGAUAGGCGUACACCUCAUGAAUCGCGUAACAAGGAAAAAUCUGACACGAGACAUGAUACACAACGAGAUGAAAAUCACGGCGAGGGCAUAGGAGGUGUUCGGAGUAAAAAUAAACUUCCCCUCGCACCAAAGCAACUCAGAUUGGAACAACCGCUUAAAAAAGUGGAGAAACGCUCAUUGACGUCACAGGUAAGACAUUCGCACAGCUGCACCCGUACUAAUUGACUGAGUGGGAGGUUCGGACGUGAAUAUAAUGGGCUCGAGGUCAUGACUUCCGUGCGUCACGACUUCCAUGCGUCACGACUUCCGUGCGUCAUGACCGUGCGUCAUUACUAAUUACUGCACACUGAACCACUAUUAAAAAGAUUCAACAGCGAAUUUUUUUCCUUUUUUCUUCAAGUCAAAACAAGAACCUUGUAAUUAAUCGAGAAGCACGACCCAUUCACUCAUUUGUUUUAUUUAAAGCUGAAGUCCACAAUUAUAAUUUACGUACUCGGAAAAUGCAAAAGAGCCGUGUGAGUGCAAGGCCGGAAGGCCCUUAUCCAGACCAACCCGCGUCAAACCUUACGGCCUUUUUGAUGAACUUGCAUCCCAUCCGGGGGGAGGGGCAAUACUCCCAGUCUUAUAUUGCCACGGAAACCAGGUUAAACUCCUGCAAUGUGAGCCAAAGGCUCCAGAACAGACUUGAACGUUUUAUCUUGUACACAACCUCUCCUUAACCUCUGCGUAUUUUUGAUCAGGACAAUCAUAAUGUGUUUAUUUGUUUGUUUUUUGUUUCUUAAGAAACAGGCUGCUUCGUCCGGUAAAAGUGAAUUUCUGUCGUCUCUGGUGAAACUAAAGGACGCUCUACAAUCUCACAGUAAAGACCAAAAAGUAAGGGCUACUUUGAAAAUAAGAAGUAAAAAAAAAUUUUAAAAAAAUUAACAAAAUAUUGUCUGAAUGAAGAAUAUAAUUUUGUGCCAUGUAUGUGUAAACCCGCCCUGUACCACAGUAGUCUUACUCAAAGCCGUUGUCAUGGUUUCACGCUUUCUUGAUGCGUCGUGCGUCACUGAGUGACAGGAAAUGUUACCAAGUGACUUUUGAAAAACGGCUGGGAAAUUUAUAAGAAGACUAAGAAACCGUCUACAUCUGAUCCGAUGAGUCUGCUCGUCAUCAUGAUUGGUUUCGAAAUUUUUUUAAUAUUCUCUUGUCUUAGAGUACAAAGGAGACAUUAAUGUCCAAGAGUGGGGCGGACCUGAACAUUCAACCUUGUAAAGAUGAUGCAGCAAAGAAAAAGGUGAGUUGACGUUUUCAACUUAGUUUUUUGAUUGUGGCUUGUGCAGAGACGUUUACAGAUGGGAGAGAAAAUGCUGAUUGUUUUCCUAAAAAAAUUUUUGAAUAUAUUUCCAACUGCAUUUUUUUUCUCUCCCCACUGGUUAUGAUUUUUGUAUUCAUGUGAGUGAUCCUGUUAAUCAGCUAAUCAUGUUCACCAUGGACCUCAGUUUGGACUCUAGCCUCCUUAUCGGAAAAAAUUGUCACGGUUUUUUCAAAGAAUCUCUUACACUUUUCACCAUUGCACCUCACGCACCACAUUCACCACUCUCUCGACCAAUCAGAUGCAAAAUUAAAACCACAAUUUGGUUUUACUCUAAGUUCUCAUUGGCUCUUAAAGUUAAUUUUCUUUCUUCGGAUUGGCUUUUGUGAUCACUUUAACACUCUGUCCAAAAGCGUUCUAUAAACAGUUGGUAGAAUUACUCGAGUAGAGAACUCACUUUCACCUUUUCCGUGGCUUCUAGUCCACAAAGACACUGUUCAAUAGGAUAGACAUUAAAUUGUAUACCUUGUUUGAGAUUUUAGCCCUCAAGUUAACACCAUACUUUCUGCUACGGGGGAAGGGAGAGGGUCGCCUCCUCCUCCUUCCCCCCAGGGGAGAGUUAGUAAAGGCUCUGUGGUAUUAAAGUUGGCCCUUGUGGUCGGCCACAGAUCUUAACUCGAGAUGUUCCUUUUACAAUAAUCCUCUCUGCAAAUAAAUUUAAAAAGCUUCAUCGCGAGUGCGGUAAUUCAUAAAACAGCAAAGUGACAAGACAGUCAAAACAGAUUGUCUGAGGCUUUUGAGAUGGACUCAAAACUGUCAAGAAAUUUCCUGACCAUUUCUCAGGAAUUUUGAAAAUAUUAACGUAAGUGUUGUUCUGCUGAAAUUUCUGCCAAAAAAGAUAGAUAAUGCACGGUUUUCAACCGCUCGCCCACGAUUGUUUACAGUAACAACCCGUGACAAAUAUUUACAUUACAGAAGCAAGAAAAUUCAUUUUAAAGCCGUUAAAAAUCUCCCUUUACACAGUCAGUUUUAUUCUUUUAAAUUUCCGCUGUUUGUCUCAGAGCAUUUUUUCCUGUCUGCUCGCCCCCUCUAAAAGGAAAUUUCCAUAGCCUGCAAAACCAGAAUGCGAUAAAGUUUUAGAUUGAGGAACAAUGUGCUCACGGAAUUUUCUCAUUUGACGAAAACUUCCUUGAUUUUUUUUUACUCAGGAAUAUCUAUUUUUAGGUAUAAACUCUUGUUUAUGAAGCGACGCAAAGAACAAAGGAAAAAAUUAAUGAAAGAAGAUAUUUCCUGGCUACGUGGGCAGCAAAUCCUUCUUGGCGCUUUUAAACUAGAAAAGAUAUCUCUGUUAGAUAUACCUGAUGAAUUUUCUGUGAACGGCAGUUGUCUUUGGACACAAUUAUGCGCCAAAAGCGAACGCACAAAGGUCAUUAGGCAAUUCACGCAACACUGACCUCUUUCCGCAGGACACGUUGUUGAUGUUUACCUACCACAACUGAAUAUUAUUUUUAAAAAACCGCUUACCAGAAAAAUAGCAAACUAGUUUGAGGCUCAGUUGCUUAGCUGUCACUCAAGAAAUUUUUAGUUUAUGGGAAAAAAAGUCAUACAUUUAGUCAGCUCCAAGCGCGAAGCUCUAUCACAUUCAAAAAAUAAAACAAAAUAAAUCAGUCGAAAACAAAAAUUCUGAUAGAGGUGCCUCACAUUCAUUAUUACCUGUGUGUUUUGUUGUGUGCGUCCGAAAACCUUUUCAUAAUUUAGGUGACUCAUACAGAAAUUGCCUCUCAGGGAAAUCCUACUUUAAGGAUGAAUUCAAAUGAGUUUGAUUGUUAUUCAAAUUGAUGUAACCGGAGUUAUCGCGGUCUAAACAGACAUUUGGUCUUUGCCCGUGGAUCAAAGAGGAAAAAGUAUUGGUGCUCCUUUGCAAUGCGAGAAGAAACCUGAAUUUGGCGCUAAAACCAGCGGAAUUUUUCCUUGCUGUACGAGAGCUUGAGGGUUUAUGGGAAAAACUAUUCACCACCGAUUUAAAGGUAUAUUUUUCAUCUUGAAUCAUGCUAUAUAACCGUUCAUACACAAGAAAUAUUUGUGUUUAUCGUACUGAAACCGUUCGAGUCGAGAUCACGGAUUCGUCAUCCUACAGACGACUUCUUCCGAUGUUUGGAAUUUUGGCUUGAAAAUUCGCUUAAUUCCUGCGCGACGGAAUUGAUAAAUAAUUCUAUUUUCGUUGUUCGUUGGUAACAGACGAUAUUUGUUUGGAUUUUUUAGUGUAUAUAUCUAUGUACAACGAGAUUGCUGGAAUUCAUGUAAGGCAUUAAAACAUUGACUGUAAGACUUAAGUGUUUUAAAACGCAAAAACAUGAAGUGAAUCAAAAUUUCGAUGGCACAAAUUGAAACACUUUUUAUCAUCCAAAGAGUUCCUAAUAGAGAGAUCGACAAUUACGGUUUUUAGCUCGAUAAGAUUACGGCUUAAAUCUUCAGCGUAACAAGAGGUAUUUCUUCCACACGAAUCGUGAAGAGGAAAUGUUUACUGUAAUAACAGAAGUCGGUUGCUUUGUAAUUUCAAACGGUAAACUUCUCGGCAAUUUUUUGUCAGUUCAUAAUUAUUUAUCUCCCGAUGUGCUUUAACUUCUCUGUGUGAAAACUGAAAGGCGUUAGGAAGUUACGUCCAGUUCGUUCAUUAUCGAGCGAAAAAUUAAAUCGAAAUAAGUAUUGGUAGAAUUGACAAAAAACCCGCGAAAUUACCGAGGGAAAUUUUCCAAAUUUAACGAGGCAGCUCCUCGCAGAAUUGUAAUUUUGUUUCCCAUUCUUCUCUUAAAGUUUUGCCGGGGAAGAAAUUAUUCGAUUUCCUGCGACCAAUGGUUUUUACUUCACCUGCUCCUCUACUAAUUGAUGUAUUUGCGACCAAAAUAACUCCCAUCUUUUAUUUUCAUAAAAUGAAACGAAAUGGUUUGAGAAGAUUUUAAGUUCUCAUGAUAUAAAACAGUGGAAAGAACUCAGGAUAAUUUUUGAAAAAUCUUCGAGGAGUCAAAACUGGCGGUGUUUUUAUUAAUUAGAAUUCAUCUGUCGGUUUUUUCAUCAGAUGCUGCGUGGUGUGAUCACUCUGGGCCAAAAACAAUACAGCUCUCAAAUAGAUUACAGUUUUAACAAUGAAGUCACAUCAAAAUACGCCAACAUUAGUGCGUUUUUAUUUGUUCCCUCCACCGGUGCUAGAGCUUCAUUAGGUUGGAAAACAGGUGUUCCUGUGUCAAACCUCGCUUUGAAAACGAGAUCGUGACGGGAACGUGCAUUGGAAACGAGGCUGUAAGAAAACCCAGACAGAAUUAAAAAUCUCGGUUUGAAAAUGAGGCCAUCACUCGAUGGGUCAACUUUUUCAUGUUUUUAGUAAAAUAACGUUUUCCCUCUAAACUUCGCUUGCGUGAAGUGAGAUUUAAAGGCCACCGAAAUUUCACUCAAAAAUAUCACAUGGCUCCAGUUAGAAAGCUUGGUAAUUAUUCAUAGCAUCAUAAAAUGUUUUUCAUUGUGUCUGCCUCUAUUUCAUUAUACGAAUCCUCGCUGAGAAGAUCUUGACAAUUAAUCUCUCAGAAGAUAUUUCUUUCUUAAGAAUUUGCAACAUUUAAUAUCUCAAAAGAUGAGGUACAACUGUCCAGCGCUAAACUCAAAAUUUGAUGAAAAGAUGGCCAACAAGAUGUCUUGUGUUCGCUUUAAGUUGUAGCCCGUAAUUUUUUUUCCCGUGGUAAAAUUGGAAUAAUUAUUCAUUAUGGUUUUUUCUCCCCGUGUUUCCAAUCACUAGAGUUUUAUGUUUUCUUUUUCAAUUUAUUUGAGUUCUAUUUGCAUGAUUUUCAUGAAAACCUCAGACAUCGGAGUCAAACCUUUUGCAUGGUAAGGUUAGAAGUUUUUUGCGCUGGAAACAAAAUAUAAUUUUUCCUGAAGGUUGUUUGCUUUUCAUCUCGAAAUUAACACGGUUCAAAUGAUUUAAGUUGAGCCAAUGAAGUGCGGUGUUUUCAAAAUGGUUUUUAAAAUUUUGUUUGAAUUAAGAAAGCUUCUUGUUUUGUCAACAACGUAGUUCGCGCAUUUGUGAAUAGGAAUUAUCAUUAAUCGCAGAAACAUCUUGAAGAAAGUUGGCGGUUUUCAGAGAAACAAUCACAGUCCGUCUGGAAAUUUUGAAUAGUUACAACUUCUCUGUAAUUACUUUAUGAAAUGUAGGAACAGUUGCUAUAGAGAAUUUUAUACAAUUUGAGUAACAGGUUUAGAAUAAGAUUUGCCCAACUCGAGAACAAGAAAGAUACUGAAACAAUGCACUAUUUGGCUUAAGUCAUAUUUACAAAGAACUUUUUUCCAUAAAUUAUUUACCAAGAAGCGCAGAGAAAUGAAAUUAAUUUUAUUCUCUACAGUUUUAAUUCGACCGCAGCCUGAGGAUCUUGCAGAGUUGACCCAUAACCACGUCCUUGAGAUCAGUUCGCGAUAAUGAAAUAUAUAUAUGUUCAUUUUAUCGUGCACAGUAGUUUUCCAAGUUCAAGGAUAAAAGUGAUUUCGUUGCUUCGUCUUUGCAGGGUUCCCCGUCAGCUAAGCCGCUUCCAUUGAAGACUGACGAGGUCAAAGAAGACGCGACAAUGUGGCGAAUCACAACAACUCGAAAGCUGGCGGAAUUUGUAAGUUGACAAUUUAUUUCCUGUUCUAAAUUAGAUUUUACGACGUUAACGCAUAUGAUUGACUGAGUUAUUUAGUUUAGUGUAGGUUAAAUUACGUGCCUUUCAUAAAAACAGGAAGACAGCGUUUCUCUGCUGAAUUCCCAGCCGUAUACAUCCUUUUUUUAGCGCUGAUUUAUUCGCCGGCAGCCAUAUUUGAGUAACUUCGUAAACAGUUUUUGAUUUAUCAAAGUUGAAAGGAUAGAUGAGUCGCUCGAGGUUUGGGUUCAAGCUUUUGGAAGAAACAGUUCACAAAAAAUGACUUUUGCCAACACUGUUAUCAUCUAGCUGCAAAAACACGAUUGAAGAUUUCUUCGUGGAUUUUAUUUCGGUUUCUCUAGUUUUCCUAUCAUCGUGUUCGAUGUGGGGUAACACACGUAUUCAGUGGUUAUUAGAUGACGUAUUCCGUUCUUGAAAAACCACUUUUCUUUCAAAGGGAGCCAUAUCUUUAAGCAUAUUUACAGAAUUCAAAGAACAGAAAAAAAAAAAACGAAAAUGUUUCCUAUUCCAAAUCGUUGGUGGAUCCAUGAUACUAGAAUAGUCAAUACACACUCUUUAUCACGUGACUUUCGCUAUUCGUGCGACUGCGCACUUAAAUCUGAGUCCGAUGAUUCCCCGGAGUUUCCAUAGUGGUGUUGUUGUAAACUUUUAGUAAAAUUUUUUUUUUCGAAAAAAGAAACUGUUGCUGGCCGAACAUCGAAAUGUUACAUUAAAUAGCACUUUUGUUAAAUGUGAAACGUUAUAUUGUAAUUUUGUGCUCAAACGCUAAGUGUUUACUUUACAAGGUCUUUUUCACUUUAUUCUUUUCCCAUUAUUUUGAAUGAAGGAAAUGCAAUCCAUCAAAUUCCAUGUACUAAAAUAAGGAAAUUCGAUUGGUUAUCUUCUUUAAAUCCAUCAGUUCUUAACAAAUGAAGAAAUGGCAUUUCUUUCCCGACAAACUCUGGGUAAAAAAUUACAUUGUAGCGUAAUGGAAAAUUUAAACCGAGAACUCUUGGUUUUUUAGAAAAAAACUGCUUCAAUGGCUUAUCUGAUAAGAAAGUUUGAUAACUGUACCGCAUUUGCUAAAUAUAUUCAGAUCAAUAUUUAUGUUCAGCCGAAUGAAUUUAGAGAUUUUUUUCAGCUUUUCUCUUUUAAUAAAUUUUUUCGUAAUAUUGAUUGAUCGUGAUUUUUGAUUUACUUCAUAAUUCUGUAAUCGAAAUCAAUCGAACCACAGUCAAAUGAGAGAACAGGGGAAGAGUUAGCUAAGAAGUCGGUUAUCUUCCACCGAGAUUACACCGAGCAGGAGCCGAGCGGCUCAGUCGUGUUUCAUCGGGGGUUUGUUCUCUGAGAUGCUCCCUCCAGAGCAAAUCGAUGAAUUCAAAUUCAAUUCGCUCUCGCAAGCCUUCACGACCAUGACUUUUUUCGAAGAAGAACUCGUCUGCUGGCGGACGAGCGAAGGAAUGUGUUCCUAUCAGAGACAAACUCGGUCCGUGCGAUACGAGGUUUGUAAACGUUUUCUGAAUGACGCGUUGCAGUGAUUCUGAACGCAGUUAGAAAUGGUCUAAUAUUUAUGUACUCGCGAGGGUAACUAAGGAAUUCUGCAUUUGUUUGCUCAAUGUGUCAGAGUGCUCUAACCCAAGUUUUGCAGCGUCGGUGUAAUUCAUUAGUUGGUCAAACAAAUGAUUUUCGAAAUAUUUAUUUACAACAAUUUAUCUGGAGCGAUCGGCUCGAUUAUAAAAGAAGAGGAAGGUUUAAGCUUUCUGGAAUCAUAACAAAAAGAAAAGAACGAAAAGAUAAGCAUCUUAUUUUUUAUUUAAUCAAACAAAAGAUAGAAAUGUGUCUUGCUUAAUUAACACACAAUUUGUUCCUCAAAGAUUCGGAAGCCAGAAAACUAAUGAAUUUUAUAGCGCUGUGUAAUACUACAAGGUUAGAUUUAUGAAAAAAACAAACUUUUCUGUCAUGAUGCAACGACGUUGAUUUUUUUUUUUUUUUGGGUCAGGGAUGUCUUAGGAAAAAUGAUCUUCGUUCUGUCGUUUUAGUCAGUCGUUUGAAAUGCUCUGAGUUGAGAAAAUUUCGAUUAUAUUUAUUUACACCCAGCUGCGUGCAAUUUCGUUUUAACGUGAUAAAUGAUAUGCGUCUAUUUUGGGCAUGUAUUUAAGUGUAGUUGUCAAUAUUGAUCAUUUUUACCGGAUUCCCCAAAGAUUUUUAUUUACUGUAAGUUAUAGUUGUUCAGUCUCAAUAUCGAGGUGAGCGGACGCUUUUUUUCGAGUUUGCUCAAAUGUAUCUCGUGGCCAUCGAACGAACAAGGAAUAAUCACUUUACCAUAUAAACGAACUCAGGUGACUGUAUUUCUUAUCAUAGCUUUGUACAGUGCAUUGUGAAGAAAAAUAAGGUCUUGACCACUUUUUGUAUUCCAUAAUUAUGAUUUCAAAUGACUUGCCCCUUUACGCGCGCCGCAAUCAUGCUUUGUAUGUUUUGUGAUGACAAGAGUUAAUUUUUACCAAUGACGAUUCAAUGUAAUUGUUACACGCAGUAAAUUGUAAAUUAUAUUUUUUGCAAGCUUUAAAAUAUCACCAAUCGUUGAAUGAGUGGAAAGAAUUGUGCUGCACAAAAUGCUUUUUCGCUGUGCAUUUUCCAAUGUUUUAAACUUAAAAUAGUGCUUACACAUAGUGUCUUGCAAUACUCAACAAAUUGUGCGACAUUUUGAGCAAAACUUUGGCGAAUCAUUCUUUCAACGUUGUUCCCCGGAACACAAGAUACAGCACGCGCAGUGAGUGGUUGAAAAGUCUGUUUUUUGCAAACUCCGGUGUACAGGACCGAGUCAUACAUGGGGUUAUCGAGACACAGGAUGUACGGGAUGUGUACGGGAUAUGAACAGGAUAUAAACGGGAUAUAAACGGGAUAUAUACGGGAUAUUUGCGGGAUAGGAACGGAAUACAUUACUGAAGUUUACUGAGUGUUGAAUUAAGCUAUAUAGAAUCUCUUUGAAACCAACUGCUAGGAGGCCGAAUCAAUAAGCUUUCGAUUCGUUAGCUUAUAAGAUAGGUUGACGAUGCAGCAUUUAGGAUGAUCAUACGAUUCUGAGUAUCUACGAUUUCUCUAAGAAAUAGAUUACAUGUUGCUGUGUGUCUGUUCAGCAAAAGAUCACAAAUGAUGUCAAAAUUAGGUAGGAACAAAGAGUAUCAAGGCAUAGUCGAGUAUGUCUCUGAUGUUCUUAACACAUCAAGUUUGACGUGUUCUGGGAUCUAUUAUAAUACAGGCCCUCAGCAACAUAGAAUUUUAUUUAUUGUGUAUGGUACAGAAGCAAAUAGUUGGUGAUGGUGACGUCACCUACACGUCUGUCCCCCAAAAGAUCGUAAAUAAGAACCGAUCAGAAUUCGUGUAUGAUGCAGCUCAUCAUGAAAAGCGUAGUAGUCCAUGUGUUCGUUAUUUAAUAACGGGUAUAACACCAAGCGCUCGGCUAGUGGCAUGGAAACGAGCGAAAAAGUGGGGGCCAAAACGCUAGGGCUCAGGCCACCGCAGCUGUUCUUUUGAAAACUAGAACCGUCCAGUUUGCCGCUCAUUCACUCUUUUGCGACAUGGGUCGGGUAUUACCUUGUUAAGUAAAUCAAAAUUCGAGUUUCGGUUUCUCUUUGCAUGUAGAAGAGAAGAAACGUUUUUUUUUUAAUUCUGAGAGAAAAAUGAUUUGUUAGACUCAUAUCUCCGCGAUCAAAUGUUAAAAUCUGUCUUUCAUUUUACCUUUGAACAGUACAGAGUCAUUAGAAGUGAUGUUUAGGUUCCUUGUACUAUUACAGAACGUCUCUCAUAAUCACCUGCUCAUAAUCAAGCAAAAGAUAAUUUUCUGCUUUUCAACAGACAAAAAUGAUAGUAAACGCAAUCAAUUUGCUUUUGUACACAAUACGGAUAAUGCAUUGAAUUUUAUUCACGAUGAAAUGAUGGCUGUGUGUUCUAUUCGAAUUAUUUUCUGUGAAUCAAACGGAAAAUGAAGCGUAGCAGUAGACAGUAAUUGUCUUUGUUGAUUAAAAUAUUGUAAUCAUUAUAGACUUGAGAAGGAUAUCAAUGCUAACAUAAAAGACUCACCACCGCGGGCAAUGUUUGAGUUCAAUGCAAAUACCACUGAUAAUCAGUUCCGUAUAGAUAACUUGAAUAAAUCAAGCUUUCAGAUUGGUCCGUUCUAUCCACAACAUUAAAUAUUGAAAAGUGAUGGCGUUGUCCUAGAAUAGUUUGACGCCCAGAAUUUUAUGGCGUCUGAUGUGAAAUAAUAUAUUCUGUUGGUCGAGUUUCAUUCAAACAUCAGGUCAAAACAGGCGAAACGAGACAAUGAGUUGGUCUCUCCUCGCAAUGUGAUUUCAACAUUAAAUGACAAAGUCAUUUCAUCGCAUCAUUUUCGCCGCGUUUGUCUCAGAAAUUGCACGGAUUAUCGGUGAAGAUCAUGAUUUUUGUACAGUGGAAUGGUAUUUCAGAUUUGUAAGUAGAGGAUAAUACCGAUGCUCAGUAUGUCGACUGACACAGAACCUGAUGUUAAGGAAAAAUUGGAGAACGAUUCGGUAAGAGAAAUUUUAAUUCUGACUGCAUUCAGUGUAUCUGCCAUUUCGUAUCUUAAAAUGGUUUACUUGGAAAAGUCGUAUUUGAACAAUUCAUCAGCCAUUACUUCUCUCAAAGAUGAUUAAAACUUUAUUGAAAUGAAACUUUACACGACUUAAUUCGACUUAGAACCUCCCUUAAUUUAUCCCCUGAGGCGGAAAGCGAGUUUUUAGUCGCUGUUGACAUCAAUACUGUUGAAUACCGGCCUCCUGGCGUGUGCUAAAAUUGCAACAAAUUGAUACGGUUGUUUAUAUUUUCAGGAGCACAAGAUGGCGUCCGUGCGAGACGAUUUGGAUAUCAAUCCAAUGAUGGAUAAUCCAGUGUUUUCGACGGGUAGUUCUGUUAAUCUGUUCUGCCCUUUGUGUCAUGAAAUGUUCGUGAACCCUCGAUUGUUGCCAUGUCUGCACACGUUUUGUAAAAGAUGUCUGGAGAACCUUGUGGUCCCGAGGUCAAGUUCUCUCAGCUGCCCGGCCUGUCGAACAGAUGUCCCUCUCACGGUACGUUGAAGCGUUUCGUUUUGUUCAGUUUUCAUUCUAAUCUCGUCUCCUUUAGCUUUAGAAACUUUGAGAAACUAGAGUUUAUUCCAAUAGUCUUUAAAUGAUUUUUUUAACUUUACCGAAACCAUUAUUGAAAUAUCGUUUACGCAAAGAUGACCAGAUAAACCAUCGAUGGAUUUUAAACGCCAUCUUCGUCAAUACCAUCUGUGCCCUCAAUUACCACAUUGCCGCUUGCCUCCAUAAAAAUCCCUUUCCAUUUCACAAAGAAGCUUAUUUUUUGCCCAGCCUGAUAUAGGUUCCAUCCUAACAAUAGAAAUAAUUCAUCCUAUCUCAAAAUUCUACCUUAAAAGACCUGUUUACUGUUGCAUCAGGAUUUUUAGCACGUGUCUGGAAGGAAAGAAAGUUUCAAUUUUACACAUAAUGAAAGGUUAACAAUGAUAUUUGUCUAAAUAAAAAGAAACCCUAAAACUUGAAUUAAGCAUUACAUUCGAUUUUGAAGGACAUUUUUUCAAAAGCGUGUCAGGCUGAGUUUGUUUCCGAGAUUGAUGCAUGGUAUGAUGAUAGACUGACUAAAUAUUCAAUGAAAUUCGUGAACUCGUCAAUAACUUAAUUUCGCAUUCUGCCUGACGAAAGUUGGCUAAAGAUCGAUGGCGGAUUUAACAAACUGAAUAUAAUGCAGCGCAUAAAAGGCUUUUUUUGUUCAUCCUAAACGAUAAACAGAAGUAUUGGGGACCAGCUUUCUUCAAUUGCUUUAACAUGGAAUUCAUUAUUUGUGAGCUUCGCUGCCUUAAGUGUAUAAUCGCCCCCGCCAACUGAAACAUGCAUAUUAUUUGUAUUAAUAGUAAAGAUCGAAAGACAAUCGAAAUUCCAAAUAUUGCCAAAGAAACUUUAUAACCAUAGGUUAUAAUUUUGCCAAACUGUGUAAUAGUACCUGAGUCAAAUACAGAGUCAACUUACGUGUAGGAAUAAAUUCAUUAGAUACAAGAAAUCAGCUUUGGAAUCUUGUUUAGCAACUGAUUUGAAACAUUUCUGAAACACACCGUGCAAAUUCUUUAAGACAACAAAAGCCGGCUGUUGGCGGUGCACUGUCAGCUGUAAGACCCCUUACCAUCGUCUGCUAGUUUAGCCUACGAGCGGCUGGGCUCUCGUGUUUGGUUUUCCCAUUAUGGCACAGCCGACUUUAACAACAUCGUCAGCCGCUUUUGGAAAAACUUUUAAAACCUUUGUUAAGAUAUGUCAUCAUAGGAAAUUCGGUUUCGCUUACAAAUUGAUUCAACGUUGAGCCGACAAAAAUUCGUUGAGAAUUACGUGCCGACUAGAGGUUUGCUCGCCUUAAAAUAUCGUUCCAAUUAAUUAACGAAAGCUUGUUUCAAUAAAUCAUUUACUGGUCCAGUUUCUCCUGAAAUGAUCAACGCCAGGGCCCGCGAAAGCUCUUCACUUAGCAGAAUUACAUGUGUGUUUCUCUGCGUGGCAAAAUAAAAUGUGUUGUUUGGCCUUGCGACCUAAAAAAAUCGUGAAUCUCAAAUCAAAUCAAAACUACGGAAUGGUUCUUGAGCGCUUUUGUUUUCUGCAAGUGACUUUUCCUUAACGCUGCAUUGCUUGCCCCAGCAAAUAAAUUCGUUGAUAUCUCAUAGUCAUAGUUUAGUUUCACUUUACUCUUUUUUCUCUAAUUUUGUUCUUGUUGUUUUGUUUUGUUUUUGGUUUUUUUUUUCAGGAGCGUGGUGUCGGCGCUUUCCCGCCAAAUUUCGUGGUAACCACCAUGAUGGAUGUGGCGGCAGUGCGCGCCCACGACAAGAACCCAAUCAUGUGCAGCAGCUGCGAAGACAAACUUCCUGCAGCUGCGCGGUGCAUCGAAUGCAUGGACUUUCUCUGCCAUGACUGUAGAAAUGCUCACAUGAGACUGAGGCUAACCAAGACUCACAGGGUAAACGCUAACGUUUUUAAAAAAAUUGAGAAUGGUUUUAAUUUUGUAUAAAAUUGGUUAGUUGAGAUAACCUGAGUUUAAAGGCUCUCAAUCAGAAAGCGUAGCAUAGCAAACCCAACGCAAUCCUGCAGUACUUUCGACAUCAAAUUUAAGUUUGAUCUAUCUAUAAAAAGAAAAUUAAUUAAGAGUGAAAAGUCUAUGCGAGUUUCUUUGCCCUCAAAAAGGUUCCAUACAAUACACGGAUUUAUUGUUUCACCCACAGAAUAUGCGAGAAGAAAGUAAAAUCGUAUUUUAAAUGUUUUGUGGCCAUUUUAGGUUGUGUCUUUAGACGAACUGAAAUCCAGUCCACAUCCCGAAGAUUUACUUCAUCGUCCAAUUUUCUGCAUGGAACAUGCCCACGAGAAGCUAAGGUACGUUGCAGUCAAAAACUAUUCUGCAGCAAUAACAGAGGACAAAUUCAAUACUAAAACGCAGCACAAUAUAAAUGAUUAUGGCGCCAAGAUAGAAGUUGAACGCUCUCUAGGAAUUGGAGCAAAGAACGUAAUUUAUUUGGAAGGGUAAAACUGUGCAAAGAUAUCAUCACUCAAAUUAACAUUUGACCAGUGCCAAGUGCGGGAAAAAGCAGCAGGAACUGAGGAAGAACGGAGGAAAACCUGUAUGGGAACCUAACGAUGGAAGGUAACACGGGACGAGAAUUUAACUGCGAAGGUCCAAGGAGCCGAAAUCUCGCCUGAGUAAAGUGCUCAAGUUAAAGCCGUGUAAUAUUUUAUAGUCAACAGUGACUGAAAAAGCUCCUUGUCACCGCGGUGACCUAGACAACGUUAAGUUUUCCCAGUAACUAUAACUGCACUGCAAGAGAGCUCACCGCAAAUGAAGUUCACCGCUCUUACUGUUUUUACAGGUACUACUGCGAGAGCUGCGAACAAGCUAUCUGUCGUGAGUGCACCAUGACUUCUCACUCGACUGAGCGUCACAAAUACACCCAGUUGACUGACACCAUUGACAAGCAGACUCAAAACAUCUCUCAAUUGGUAGAAAAACUCAAAAGGAAGGUCCCAAUUGUCACGCAAUCUACUAAAGACGUAGAGGAAGUCACAUGCCGGCUCGAGGCCAGGGCGGAAGUGGCGAAGUCUGAAAUUCAGAAAUGCUUUCCUCGAAUUUUAAAAGCGUUACAAGAUCGCGAAAAAGGAAUGAUGGCUGAAGUAGAGACAAUGGUACAAAGAAAAUCAAAAGUCCUAGGAAUACAACAAGAAAGAUUGGAAAAUGAAUUAAAACGUCUUACGACGACCUGCAACUUUACUGGUAAGUAUCUAUUUCCCAGGUCCGCAAGGCGUACUCAUGGCUGAAGGAGAACUGUGGUCAAGUAAUUGGAGCUCUUAAAAGUGAUAUAGGGCAUCUCGCUGGUGUACCAAAACGUGCAUUGCAAUUAAGUUGGGCAAGAUUGAAUACUUUAAAAUUUCUGACUAUCACAAUUAUAAAACUUCGUACUUUGAUAGGUAGCCCUAGUUGGUUAGUUUUUACUGCCCCACAUUUAAAUCUGACUACCCACGGGUUUUUUGAGUAGGUUUGACCACGAAACUUUCCGCCUUCGAAAGAUACACUUUCGCCUGACACAAAAAAUAACUUCCACUACGGGACGACUAGUUUUCCUUGGCUUGAUGGUUAUCGUAUUUUCUUAGGUAUGGAGCUCCACUAGUAUGCUUUGCGCGCAGAAGUUUCGGUCAUGAAACUCGACUUGGUUUUUAAUUAAAUUUUGGAAACUUUUUCCUUCUAUAAUGUCUUGCAGAGGAAGUCUUGAGGCAUGGAAACUCUGUGGAAAUCCUUGUCAUAAAGAAACAGCUUUGUGACAGAUUAAAUGACCUCAUCUCCACUAAGUUUCAAGGAGAGCCCGAAGAAAAUGACGUCAUCUACUUUGUAGCCAAUCAAGAUGAAGUCCUGAAGGCUCUCGAGAACCUUGGGCAGAUUAAAACGAGUAAUGCCUUCCCCACUAAUUGUACAGUAGCUGACGACAUGAAGAAUGCAACAAAGGGAAGGAAAUCCAAAUUUACAGUUCUUACGCGGUAAGCAAAGUUCAUUGAUGAAAUCAAAUCCAAGAGGUAAAUUUGGCAAUAGACUCGGUACUGGUCAGGCCUCAUAGUUAUUUUACGAGAUAACGACAAGCAGCUUUUUGACUUGCUCCUCAACGAAGCUCCUUUCAAGAACAAUUUCAAUUGACCGUUGUAAGUAAUUCGGAAUUUCAAUGAUUUUUAGAUUAGUAUACUCUAUGAUUGGUCCAAAUUUCCAAAUUUCACGGUUUUCCCGUGCUUCACGUCCUCGUGCCUGAAACAGUUUACAGGUCAUCAAUCGGAAUUCUUGUUAGCUCCUUGUAAUGUCAUCCUCUAUCCUGAUAGGCCUUUGUAAUUACUUCAGUAUUUAUUUCACGGAAUUCAAAUGUAAAGCGCUCUGAUGCGAAUGAUGCAUUUAACCUUGUUGUGAUGUGUUUAGUGAUCACAGUGGGGCCCAGUGCACUGGCGGCGGUGAGGAUGUAAUGGUUGAUGUGUACACGUCAGAUGGAAGAACUGUGCCUGCCGAAGUAAGACCGCUUGGCUCCUCCCCGGGCUCUUCACAUGCGCUCUCUCGCUACAACUCACAAAAUGUUAGCAUUCCAUUUGAGAUUCACGUGUGGCAUGCACUGUAAUAAUUCAUGCGCAGAAUAAUUACUAACUGUGUCUUUUUUCUUAACGUGACUCCUCCGUGGUCGUUAUUUCGGUUUUUACGCAACGUUUGGGGAGAAACAUUGCGUGACAACCCAAACAACAGCCGCGCCGAGGCGUAAAUGUGUUAUGUUCAAUCUUACCUUUUCAUCGCACUACGAUUUUGCUUUCUGCACCUUUCUUUGUUUUACUUUAGCAAUCACUGUGGUGUCACAAUUAGGUUCUAUUGUAGUAGAUGUUGUUUUGUUGUGGGUCUUUUUGCGGACUGCCAUUUGGAAUGUCACGCAAGACCCUACCCCCGUUGCAGUAUAGCAGCGAAGGGUCACGUGACAGGGCUUAAAAUACUUAUUUGUGUGGAGUGGGCAGAUUUUAGUUGAAUAGCAGGUGCUCAACGAAAACGUGGAUAAGACUCCCGCUUCCAAUAUGAUUGUUUUUGAUGGUGUGUUGCCCAAUUUUUUCCAGGUUGAGGACCACAGAAAUGGUUCUUACGGGGUCAGUUACAGCCCCUUUAAUGUUGGAAUGCACAAGGUAGAUUUACGAAAAACACAAUAUGUUUAUUGUUAACAUACUUGACUGGUUGUUUUCUUUCUUCCCACCUGAUAGCUCCUUGCUUGACAUUAACCUUUUCCAGCCUAACAUGAAUAUACACAUUCUCCAUUGUUCUGUAUAUAUUUGCUACGGUGCUGACAAGGAGAAUUUGGUGAACAAUCAACUGAAACUGGCUCAGUCAUGAAAUAUUUAGUACCGAGGCUCUUCUGAGCUGGAAUCACUUGUUCUGCAGACUCGCAGAUUAAAUUGAACUUUAUGUACGAAAAAAAUACCAGUUUUUCGUACAAAUUAAAUUUUAGAAGGAUUUUUAUGUUGAGAAUUUCUCUCCGUUAUAGGUGUCUGUGACUGUCCGAGACAAGCACAUCCAAGGUAGUCCUUUUAAAGUCAAUGUUGUCAAUACUGGAGAAUCGUACCUCAAGUUUGGCAAAAAGGGAACCGAAAUUGGAGAAUUUAACGGAAUAUUUGGCGUUGCUGUGGACGAUGAAGGGCGCAUCAUUAUUACAGAUUGUCACAAUCACAGAGUACAAGUUUUCAAUCAUAAUGGCGGAUUCUUGUUCCAGUUUGGUCGCAAAGGAGAGGGCAGCGGACAGUUCCAAUGCCCCACCGGGGUAGGGGUGGAUCCUGACGGGAGAAUUGUCGUCUGCGAAAGACUGGGUAGCAGAAUACAGGCAAGAAAUGAUUGAAAUGUAAACAUGUGUGGUAUGAGCUAACAAAAACUUUGAUUUGAAUCUGGCAGCUUCAUUUGAGGUUUUUCUUCAACCAGUGGCAAAACUGCGAUAACUCACAACUAGGUUACUCACCUUUUCCCGCCCUUUAGCAAGCCGUGUCACGUGAUUUUAAUUUGGGCGUUGAUUGGCUUCUUCUAUUAUUUUUCUUUGCUCUGAUUGGCUAACUCUAGUUAGGGUUUAAGAAACCUAUUGAAGCGCACUCUGAGAAGUUUCCUCUCAGUUCCUACUUUUUUUUUUACUUUCGUAGAUGUUUGAUCGAGAUGGAAUGUUCCUUCACAAAUUCUCCGUUCCAGACCUAAAGGCCUCCACAUUAGCAGUAGAUGCUAACAGAAGAAUUAUUGUUGCUGACUCAGCAAAUCGUUGUAUUCAUGUCAUUUCACUGGAUACAGGUUGGCAAUGUUUGAAUUGACUUAUUUCCUACUUCUCCAGUGUAAAACAUAUAGAAAAAUCUUGGUUCCCUGUGAUACAGUAGCAUCCUACCCACCAGGUGCGAGGCGUUCGUGGUAAGCGCGAAGCGUGCGAGGUAAGCACUAAGCGUGCGAGACGUGCGAGGUAAGCACGAAGGGUGUGUUAAAUGUGGGAGGAGGAGCACGCGAUUCCCGUUCCUUCCGUUCGUCUUAAAAACUUGAAGUCUGUCCCACCUGUCUUUAUUAUCCGUACCUCAUUACUUUAUCCUUUUUACAUUCUUACUUGUGUUCGUGUUCACUAAUUUGUUAAAGAAAAGUGUAUUUCAUGCCUUCAGGUCAGUCUUUCAAGUUUGGUUCUUUUGGAGACGGCAAUGGCGAGCUGAAUUACCCAUGCUACGUUGCGGUGAAUUCUCAAGGACACAUCAUUGUGUCGGACAUGCACAGUCACCGUAUUCAGGUACGUCAUGCUGUCAGUCAUUCGUUACCAUGGGGACCCAAUUAGAUUAAGAAACUGGUAAAAUAUUUGAGAUGUUCAUAAUCAUAUCCCCUAUUCUGUAAAGAGUAGCACAACCAAACUCAAGCCAUGGGACAAGAAUGGCUCUUACUUACUCUCUUACACGAGAGUAACUUUACUUUUGACCUCGUUCCUACGAAGGGGCUGUCGUUUUAAGGAAAAUUACUCUUGGUAUAUCCUAUUAAAAUUCUUCGAAAAGUUGUCAAGGGUGAAAACAUAAUAAUUAGAAUUGUAGCUAGUGUUGAGUGGUAAGUUCCAGUUUCAAAAUUGAUGAAUGAAUGACGCUUGAUAGAGCAAUUUCUGAGUGUCGAGAGUUAUGUGGGAUUGCAUUGGUUUUCCCUUCUUCGCUUUAUGAUUGGUCUAGAAAACUUGCACCACCCUCUCAACCAAUCACAACCGAUCACGAUUUGAUCACUCUCGUUUUCCCGCGUUUUAGGUGGUUCACGUGAUGCGACAUUGAAUUCUCAUUGGCUCCUUGUGACUCCUUCCUUUGUUCUGAUUGACGUCGUGAUCGUUUUGGUUUUAAGACACCUAAACGUAACGCCCUGUGUAACUAGUUUAUAUAAAAAAAUAUUUUUAUAUAAAUUAUUUAAAUUUUUUACCUUUUCCAUUCAGGUAUUUGAUCCACGUGGUCGAUUCAUGUUCAAUUUCGGCCGUAAGGGGAGUCAGGACGGGGAGUUAAUGCGCCCCACCGGCGUAGCCGUGGGUCAUGACGGAAACAUUAUUGUCGCCGACCGAGAUAAUCAUCGGAUUCAAGUCUUUUCCAACGAGGGACGUUUUGUCACGAAAUUUGGUACUAAGGGUGAUGGUGACGGUCAACUGAAUGACCCACAUGGCCUCGCUUUGACGCCAGAGGGGAAUAUAAUUGUUGCAGACUUUCGAAAUAAUCGUGUUCAACUCUUUGGGCAGCCGGCAUGAAAUCAGUUUUAAAAACGUUUGCUUAGUGAAAUUGUGCAAGUAUUCGUUCGGGACAGAAAUUUCAACAUACUGGAGAGAGAAUGGGCACUGGCGAGAGAAUAUUCUCUUGGCACUGGAAGAUGGCGAAGACGGCAUCAUAUUUCCAUAUUUGGAGUGCGUGUUUUGAUUGGAUCGCCUCUGGCACCGCACUUGGUGGAAUGUAAACAUGUGAUCAGAAUUUCUCAUCGUUUCAUUCCUUCAAAGAGUAGAUGUUAAUUUAAGUCAACAUAUCAGAAAUUUAAACUAUGAAAUAGUUUCAAAGAUUUUUUUGGAAGAAGUGCAACACAUUAAUGCUUAAUUUCUCCCUUGCUGAACAUAUCCUGUUAUAUCUAAUUAAAAUUUUAGGCUUAUAGAUAUAAGCUAAGAGGCAAAAAGCCUUAACUUAAUCUAUUUUCAAUUUCUUUGAAGCGAACAGAUUAUCACAAAGUUCGCUCCAGUUUUUUCAGUCUCUUCUGAAACGCGCAGGAGACGCAAGGGGGGGGGGAUUUCACACUCCCCCAGAGAAGGGAACUUGAAAAAUAGAAAAAACUUCCAACUCCUGCUAAAUAAGACAA